AUGAAGGUGGACGUGCUGACUUGCCUGGCCCUUGCCGUGGCCAGCCUAGUUGCCAUGGUGACCGCCGGUCGCAGCUCUGGGCGCAGGAAGCACAAAGAGGUCUUUCUCGGGGAGAACAGCAAGUUCACGUUUGGAGGACGUAUUGACCACAAACUGAAGAAGCAGGACAGCACCAAAACACUGCUAAUAAAGAGUGAACAGCUGCUGAGGAUUGAGGAGCAUGACUUCGCUAUGAGACCAGGCUUCGGAGGUGGAGCCAUCCCAGUAGGCAUUGAUGUGCAGGUAGAGAGCAUCGAUAGCAUCUCAGAAGUCAACAUGGACUUCACCAUGACUCUAUACCUGCGUCACUACUGGAAAGACGAGCGGCUGGCAUUUCCAUCUCGUAACAACCAGAGUAGGACGUUUGACUCACGGCUGGUGAAGAAGAUCUGGGUUCCUGACGUGUUUUUCGUCCACUCCAAACGCUCCUUCAUCCACGACACCACCAUGGAGAACAUCAUGCUUCGGGUCUACCCCGACGGAAACAUCCUCUACAGCGUCAGGGUCACUGUGACCGCCCUUUGCGCGAUGGACUUCAGUAGCUUCCCGCUGGACACGCAGAACUGCUCGCUGGAGCUGGAGAGCUAUGCGUAUAAUGAAAAUGACCUGAUGCUUUACUGGAAGAAUGGGAACGACUCUCUGAGGACAGAUGAGAUUGUCUUAUCUCAGUUCUUCAUUGAGCAUUUCCAACCCUCCAGCGGCCUUGCUUUCUACAGCAGUACAGGUUGGUACAAUCGUCUGUUCAUCAAUUUCAUCCUACGGAGACAUAUCUUCUUCUUCAUGCUGCAGACGUACUUUCCCACCAUGCUGAUGGUUGUUCUGUCUUGGGUCUCCUUCUGGAUCGACAGGAGGGCCGUUCCUGCUCGAGUCUCUCUGGGUAUAACCACAGUGCUCACAAUGUCCACCAUCAUCACAGGAGUGUCCUCCUCCAUGCCCCAGGUGUCAUAUGUUAAGGCAGUUGACAUCUACCUGUGGACCAGCUUCCUGUUUGUCUUCCUGUCUGUAAUCGAAUACGCAGCUGUGAACUACUGCACCACUCUGGAGGAGAUGAGGAAGAUGAAGAGGGGGAAGCUCCCAUCCACCUUCAAUGCCAGCCUGGCGAUGGCCUUCGAUGGUUGUUUCCAUGACAAUGACAUUGAGCUGUCUCCAUUCCCCCGGAUGGCACCGACCCUGACCUCUGAGCCCCUCACCACACCAACACAAAACCAGGAAAUCCGCCCCUCGGAGGGAACCCGCCUCCGUCGGCAGCGGUCUGUGCGUGAAAACGUGGACCUGCUGGUGAGCAACAGCUAUAUGAUCGACUCGUACUCCCGCCUGGCCUUCCCUCUGUCCUACCUGCUCUUCAACAUCAUCUACUGGAGCCUGUACUCGUGAUCAGGCACUACGAACUCUCCAUCAGCUUGUAACAGAGGUCAAGUGUUGAGUCAGAGAGGAUGUUAGAAGAGUCCUCCUCUCCACGGGGCUCCAGGCACUUCAGUGAAAUAACUGUUGAUCACACAUUCAGCUCCAGAUACGUCGUUAAUUCUUUGCAAGAGAGAUUCAGAUAAAAGCACAGAGUCACUCAGUCUGAGU